CUCUACCCCGCGUACUCCUCCUACAAGGCCGUGAAGACGAAAAACGUGAAGGAAUAUGUGAGUUCGGGUUGGCCGCGCCGGCGCAGCCCCUGCCCCUGUCCCUCGCAAGCCCCCAGGCCGUCCCCGAGGCGAGGGCUCUCCGGCUCGGCGGGGGCGUCGGGUCGGCCCGGCCGGCUGAGCAGCAGCAGCCCCGACGGUCCCUGGAGAAGUUGCCGAGGAAGGGCGCUGAUUAAAGUGGGAGGUCUCAAGCCGUAAACGUGGGCUGUUUUUUCUCAGGAGAUGCUGAGUGAGGAAGGGAGAGUGGGGGAGAUGCUGCAGCCUGGAAGCAUCUAAAAGUGCAGGACAAGUUCUUUCCUCUAACUUUAUCCUCACUCUGUGUCCUUUUACUGCUUUUUCAGUACUAUUUUUGUUUUCUUCCAAAAAGCUGAGUAAUCUUGCUUGGUUUGUGGCUUCCUAUCAACCUUGUUUGCAAUCAGUUUGGUCAAGGCUUCAUCCUCCUUCUGUUCUGGAAUCGUUUCCCCUUCUCUGUCUAUGCCACCCUUCAAUUACUGUAUUUAAAAUACAAAAUGCUUUUUAGUGAUGUGACGUGUGGUCAUCUUGCAGAAGGGCUGUUCUAAGUUGCUCAGUGGAGACGAGAGCUGUUUGGCUUGCGGGGGGGAUGAGUUUCCGUUUAUCUAGUGCAAGGAAUAACCUGAUGGAAAAGAGAGGUAAUACGAGUGAAGAGGAUAUAAUUUGUCAAUAUUGCUUUGUGGUGCAGUCUGAGACUCUUCAUCCAGCUGGCUCUGUUUGUUCCUUACAAAAUGACACGUCAACAAUAAAUAUUGCAGGAUAUAGUCCUUUUUUUGUCUCAUGCUGCCUCAGUUCUCUAGAAUUGCCUAGACCUUUCCUACAUGUUGGCUUAAAAUUCAGCCCACUGGUUUUUGAUGGAAGUGCUAGCUGAGGUGAGAGUCUCACUCAUAGUGGACAACUUUACAGACCACAAUAUCUGGCUGAGGUGUUUUAGUUUUUUUUAAAUACUGGUCUCAGCAAAGAAGUCAAAAUGCGAAUGUUCAGGAGGCAUUGAUAAAUGAUACAGUGUUUUGAGUGAGUAUUAGAGACGUAGUCAGAAAUACAAUGAGGCUUACUAAACUUUGACAUUUAUCAGUAAUAACAUUAGAAACUGAAAAGAAAGCAUGAAAGAAACUAUCUGAAUAAUUGCAUGAUCCUGUGACUUCAUAGUUAUCUUUGAACUUAUGUAUGAAGUAGUAUUGUAUUACUCUUGUCUUGUCUGGUCUUCCUCUCCUCUUUCCUUCCAGUUGCCUGUGACCUUCAUUUGUUGCAUGAAAUGUGUUUUUUUUUUUUUACCCAGAAUUUUAUUCUGGCUCAUGAGUGUCUGUCACGGAAUGAUUGUUCAGUUACAGAAUCUGUGUUAACUUUAAGACAGACUCAGAUUUCAGAGUUUUAAAUUGUUUUGUUGAGAAGUUGAGGGGGAAAAAAAAAACACAAACUCCUUUUUUAAAACAGCCUGUAGCAUGCUUCUUCUGGAGCUCAAAAGACCCGGUGAAUAUGGAGCCUUUGAAUUUGCAGGCAUUCUUUACAGUAAAAACCUGCUUAUUUUCUGUGGGUAGGUUAGCUGUUGAGGUACAUACAUUCUGCAAGGAAACAGGGCAUUUGAAUGUUGUAUUGAUCUGAUUUUCUUUUGGUAGGUGUUACCUAAAUUGCUGUAAGACUUCCCUAAUCUGAUGGUGAAAAAGAAAUGAGAUACAGUGUUUGACUAUCAUAAAGUUGUCUUCGCAAUAGUAUCAACUAAUCACCUGGUUGUAAGCCCCACUAGGGCUGAUGUGGAAAAGUACAGCAUUCAUUUUUGGGUUUUGUUUAAUGCUUCAUUGAUACAGCUUUCUUGAAGUAGGUAGUUCUAGAUUGCUGCAGCAGAAAAUUUUCUCUUGUUUAUUUUCAGUGAAAAUACUGGAGUUGGUUCAAGAAAACGUAUUUGAACUGCUAAAACUCAUCUGUAAAUUAUUUCUCCUUGAGAGGACUACAUCAGAAAUAAGCAUUUAGGUGUUGGGCUGCCAUCUGCCUAAUUCACUGAUCUUUGGAGGGCUUAUUCCUUCUCAGCGUAAGUGGAAAGGCAGGGAAAAUUUUGUUAAACACAGGAAAGGGGGCCAAUAUCUGUUCAAACUGUUCUUCCUGUGAAAAGUCAGUGGGAAACUUGAAUGCUGUGCUGCACGUUUUCAAAGCCCGCUGUGUCUAUGUACUACUGCUUGCUCAUAGUGCUUAAGAACCAGCAUGGGUGGGGGAGAAAGAUCUUGUAGGUGUAUCUGUGCUAGAGAGUGUGGUGUAUUGAAGAUUGAGUUGACACAGACCAAGCUACCCCAAGCAGCCCAUCCAUGGCAUCAGAGUACAGUGCAAACUUGCUCUUUUCCCCCACCAUGAUAUAAACUUAUGGUAAGUCCUUGAGCAGCUGUGACAAACUGCUUCUGGUAGCUCAGACUGUUUUAAAAGUAAUUUAGUUCCUUUUAUGUGUCAUCUUCAGCUUUGGUCAAAUCUACAUUCCAACUAUGCUUUUGCAUUUACUGAAUUUACUUAGGUUCUUGGUGUGAGUUGGGGAGACUACAUAUGUGCAGUUAGCUGAAGUUGGUGGUCAUCAGCCUGAGCAGCAGAGACCUGACUCCUUUUGAAUGAAUUGAAAAAAAAAUACAACCUGAUUUGACCCUCAGUUUUUGAAGGUGUUUGUAAUCUGUGGAUUACAAACAUCAUAAGAAAAAAAAUUAGUGAUUCUUCCCCUCUGCUUUCUGCUCUUCCAGUUUCUGGUCAUCUGCACUUCAGAGACUUCUAGAGCUAGAAGUUAGAUCCUUCUAGUUUAUUUAAGAGCUGUAUUUCUUUUUGUCUUUAGCUGUGGAGUGUAGGGUGAAGGGUGGCAGGAAGAGACAGAGGGCAAGAGACCUAUGUCCAGUAUGAAAGAUGUGAACACACAGUUCAUUUAAACAGUAACAAAGCAAUGUUUUCUGUUCUUCUCACUUCCUUUUCUAAUACUCCUGAGCAUUCUGUUAGCAGAAUGAAAAAUUCUAAUGAGCACUGAGCUUAUGGUUUCAUCAGGCUGUCUACAGCAAGCACUCCUGAGUGGCAUGAGCUAAUUUAUGUAACCACUUAGUUUUCACUAAGAAAAAGCAGAUACUGUAAGUUCAUCACUUUGUGUUUAAUGACAUGUAGCGACAAAAUGUCAACUGGAGAUCAAUCAGUAUAGAUCCCUUUCUGAAUUCUUUAAUGAACUCAUAUAUAAUCCCCUGAAUAGAAAAGUAUCUUCUGCACAUUUUGUCAUCAUAUUAUUCGCAACCUUUUCCAGAUCUUUCAUGAAGAUGAGCAGCACAGAUCUCAACACUGAUUCCUGUGGGAUUCCACUGGUGAAGUGGAUGAUGUAUUGGAUUGUGUUUGCCUUCUUCACCACUGCAGAAACUCUCACAGACAUUGUUCUUUCUUGGUUUCCCUUUUAUUUCGAGCUGAAAAUCGCAUUUGUGAUUUGGCUGCUCUCCCCUUACACCAAGGGCUCCAGUGUCCUCUACAGGAAGUUUGUGCACCCAACGCUCUCCAAUAAGGAGAAGGAAAUUGAUGAAUACAUUACUCAGGCUCGUGACAAGAGCUAUGAAACCAUGAUGCGAGUUGGCAAGAGAGGGUUAAACCUUGCUGCCAAUGCAGCAGUUACUGCAGCUGCAAAGGGCCAGGGAGUUUUGUCUGAGAAGCUGCGAAGUUUCAGCAUGCAGGAUCUCACUCUGAUCCGGGAUGAAGAUACCGUGCAUAUGCGAAGCCAGGAGCCACAGCUGCACCCCUCUGGUGGAAGUCUUCUUGAAACCAUCGAGGACUCGGCUUCCUGUUACUCCUCAGGAGAGGAGAGCAGUGUGGCACAGAGGUCUAACGGAACCCCGUCGGAGACUAGAACAGACCCAUCAGAUGAAGAUGCAGGAGACAAACUUCCUAAACGUACCCAAAGUCUCAAAACUCCUAAGAAGAUGAUGAAAGCUGAGCUUCCAGUAAGAAGUGUGAAAGCCCGCCCUAAGAAGAAAGCUGCAGGCUCUCUUGCUUCUGGCGAGUCAUCCUAAGGAGACCUCCCCCUCCCCAGCACCUGUCUCUGUCCUGGGAUUUACCUGUCCCUUUUGAGGGGAAACUCCCCAAAGGAAGGGAGUUGAGAUUCAUGUACAUAACAGAUACUGCUUUGUAGAGCUCAUUCCAAGGCAAGGGGGAGGCUGGGAUUCAGAAAAUGGAGUAGAGGAUACACAUCCUCAGGAAUUUUCUCCCUUUCAUUUCUCUGUUGGAGGGAAUGCUGAUUUGUCUGUACAUAGCCUGUUGCUUUGGAAUUCCCACUGUAUAACCCUAGUUGGGGAGAAUCUUUGCUGGAAGAACUGACUAGGGUUAGAGACAUCCAUUGCACAGAAGCUGGAAAAAUAUUAGACACUGGCGUUCCACGGGGGUGGGUGGCUCCCUAAAAUGUCUUAUCUUGCUCUGGGUAUUCUUCUGCAGCUGUGUGUUGUUAAGAAGUGCCCACCAUGAUUCAUCUUCCUUAAGAAUGGACCAUACCUGUCAUGUCUGUUCCCUUUGAGAACGUGACUGAAAUUAUGUAUGCUGAGUGCUUUUGAACAUAGAAGACUAGCUUAUGGGAGGAGGAGUAUGCUAGAGUCCCAUUACUAGUACUG